AUGACAGUAAAGAGUAAAGACGAUAAGAUCAGGGAUUUCUGUAAACUGCAACAUGCAUGUCAACAGUUUUUAGAAUCAUUAAAAAUAAUUUAUGAUUUAGGUGUCACCCAUGAAGAAUUGGAAGACAUGGUUAACGGUGAAGACGCAGUAGACCAAGCUCUUGCGGUUAGCCCGUGUAUGUCUAUUGCAAGCUAUUUAAAGUUAUUGAAAGAUUCAGUUAACCUAAUGGAAAUCUAUGAUUAUUAUGAAUUUGAUCCAAAUGAGACUCCAGUUGAUGAAUUCAUCACUAUGGAGCAUAUUUUACCAUUGGAUAGUUCUUCUAAUCGAAUAUCAAAUAAUAACAAUAUCAUUACUGAAGAUAUGGAUCGUUUAAAGAUUGAUACAAAUGAUGUCGGGGGAAGUACAAAAAAUAUGACUGAGUCACAAAUUUCCAAUACAAAGAAGAGUAAUGAUAGAAAUGAAAAUUCCUCCAAUAAUCCUCCUCAACCAACAAAAAAGAUUAGCAAAUCAGAUUUAAGUUUGUCUGCUAAUAGUAAUAAUGCCAACAGUAAAAAUAAUAAUAAGCAAUCAUCUAAUAAAUCUACUAAAAAGGAGAACAAUAACAAUAAAAACAAUCAGUUAUUUAAUAAAGUUAAUAACAAUGAUAACAAAAAAAACAAUAAGAAGAAGAACCCAAAUAAUAACUUUUAUACUCCUCAAUUAAAUGACAGGACCAGAAGAUUAGAUCCAAGUUUGGAUGAUAAUUCUAAUCCAUCGAGUUUAAGUUCUUAUAAACGAUCUGGAAGUGCCAGUAAUAACAAUAGUUAUAAGAAUAAUAAUAAUUCAAGUAGGAAAUUUUCUAAGAGUGAAAAAGCUGAAGAUAUUAACACUGAAAUCUCACUUAAAUUAGAUGCAGCACUAGGUAAAUAUAAAUUAGCACCGGAAUAUACAACUAGGCAAUUAAAAAAUGGUUCAUUUGAGACCACUUGUAGAAUCAAAGGUUUGAACACCAUUGUUAGUAAAGGUUACGGUAGGGAUAGAACGACUGCUCAACAUAAUGCAGCAAACAUGGCUUUUACAAGUCAAACCUUACUCGACAUAUUAUCUUCAAAAGUAUAA